GAGCGGCGGGGAAGGAGAUGUUCCUCGUGUCUGCACUAGAAGCAGGAUGAAUCUCGUGUCUAUGGCGACAGAUCCCGAGGUGAAAUGGAUAACCCUGUGGGUCCGCAUCAGGUGGGCAGCCAUGCUGGUGCUCCUCCUGAGCUUGCUGGUGAUGCUGCUGCUCCCGCUGGCUGCCGUGGAAGACCAGUGCCACGCGGUGCUUAAAGGACUCUCCUUCCUGAAAAGUAAACUGGGCGCAGGCUCCUCGGGGGUCACCAGGUACACGGGACAAAGCACAGGGCUGAGCGUCACCUCCAACGGGCUGGAGCUGCUGGUGCUGAAAGGCAAAGCCCCCCCAGAAGUGAAGUUAGAAGCCAAAGCGGCUCUGAAUCAAGCCCUCGAAAUGAAGCGCCAAGGCAAACGGGAGAAAGCCCACAAACUCUUUGUCUACGCCCUCAAAAUGGACCCCGAUUACGUGGAUGCUCUGAAUGAAUUUGGUAUCUUUUCCGAAGAGGAAAAAGACAUUCUUCGAGCCGACUAUUUGUACUCCAAAGCACUCACCAUUUCUCCCUGCAACGAGAAGGCUCUGAUCAAUCGGGACCGGACGCUACCUUUAGUUGAAGAGAUAGAUCAGAGGUAUUUCAGUAUUAUUGACAGCAAGGUUAAGAAAGUGAUGGCGAUCCCCAAAGGCAACUCCGCCCUGCGCCGAGUGAUGGAGGAGUCCUACUACCACCACAUCUACCACACGGUUGCUAUCGAAGGGAACACCCUGACGCUCUCAGAAAUACGACACAUCAUCGAGACCAGAUAUGCUGUUCCUGGAAAAAGCUUAGUGGAGCAGAACGAGGUGAUCGGCAUGCACGCGGCUUUGAAAUACGUCAACACCACGCUGGUGUCACGGAUAGGCUCUGUCACCAGUGGGGACAUCCUGGAGAUACACCGGCGGGUGCUGGGCUACGCCGACCCCGUGGAGGCAGGGCGGUUCAGGAGUACUCAGGUGUUUGUAGGACAUCACAUACCCCCCCAUCCCCAGGACGUCGAGAAACAGAUGCAGGAGUUUGUGCAGUGGCUUAACUCGGAAGACGCCAUGAGCUUGCACCCCGUGGAAUUUGCUGCGUUAGCCCACUACAAGUUGGUUUACAUCCACCCGUUUGUAGAUGGCAACGGGAGGACCUCGCGCCUGUUAAUGAACCUCAUCCUGAUGCAGGCGGGCUACCCGCCCAUCACCAUCCGCAAGGAGCAACGGGCCGAGUACUACCACGUCUUGGAAGUGGCCAACGAGGGCGACGUGAGGCCUUUCAUACGCUUUAUUGCCAAGUGUACCGAGACCACUCUGGACAUGCUGCUCAUCGCCACCACGGAAUAUUCUGUGGGCUUACCUGAAGCAGAUGGCAGCACCGCCGGGUGCAGACAAACCAUCCCUGUCAAGACUUGAGGGUUGUGGACGUUCAGAAGCCAGCGAACGCGCAGGAGAACAGAAUGCCAAGGCGCUCAGUAUUCCUGCUGAGAAAUAACUUGACAGGAGGUGUCACUCUUCAGCAUUUCAUUUAUUUAAAGUAUCUUACGUUUGAUUAAAUUAAUAUAAUUUAUUUAUAUACAUCAUGCCAAGCUGAAGUGUGAACCGUUGACGUUGACUGUGUGCUAGAACUUGUGCUAUUGGAAGGAGGUGGGGAGAGCUGUCAGAAGGGUUCAACAGGCUGAAGUAGAAUUAGAUUUCUCCCUAAAAUUAAGUUUUGAGAAGCUGCUUCAAUCACAACCCUUCACCUAGUUGGUCAACUGCAGUGUCUUAUCUUGUCAAGGAGCUGCUAGGUAAGACAAAGUCUUAACUGAGUUGUUGCUUUUUGUGUUACCCUUUUCCCAUUAAAAAAAAAAGAAACACCACCCACCAAACCCCAGGACAAAAACCACUCUGCAGCUACAUUAAUCUGAUCCUUUCCUGUCAGUUAUACAAGUCUGAUCAGGAAGGAGGCCACACUCCAUCUCAGCAAAGGCUUCUCUCCCCUCCCAUUUCUGUUUCCAGCUGCACUUUGUGUGUUUACUUUCAGUUGCCUUUCCUAGGGUG